AUGACUCUUUUAAAGUUAUCUAAUCUAUUGUUAUUACAUAUCAUAUCACAGAUUGAUGAUAAUGCAGAUACAGUAUGUUUAUUGUUAACUUGCAAGAGGAUAUAUAGUAAUGGUAGUAUUAGAAGAUUGAUUCAGUUCAAAGGGAUAAGAGCUAUCAAUACUGACAAGGGUCAGAUAUCAGAGCCGUUUAAAGCAACAGCCAUUCAAUUCAGAAUCAACUCAUUCAAUGAUAUCUUGCUGAAUAGUGUAUCUGAUCAAUAUGUCAUCUUGGACCGUUGCAAAGGCUUCUUGGAGCGAUUCAACAACUAUCCUCACUGGAUACGACAACGUAUCACAUCCACCACUGCCGACAGAGUUGACAAGAGUAACAUUACCACUGCUUUGUUGAUCGAUUACCAACCAUCAUCGAUACAGUUACUCUACGACAACAUACCGUCAAUCGAAACACUAUUCAUCCACAAAGAUACCUACGAUAUUAUUAUAGAGGUUGAUCUUGGCUCUAUCGCACUGUUGCCCAAUCUCGAACGUCUUUCACUUGUUGGUGUAAACCAUGUGAUACUUGGUCGCCAUACAUCACUCAAGUCUCUGAAACUACAAAUCAAUACACCAUACACUCUCGCCGACUUGGGAUUGGACAAAUUGGUAUCGCUGACCGAGUUGAGCUUCAAGAGUCAUUUUGUGUCGAGUAUGGCUCCAGAAGAUCAAUUGCCAAUCGGUCUGACGUCGCUCACUCUCAGACUGAACAAGACACCCCCACGAGAUGCAUUCCAUUCAUUGAGGUCACUCGUCAAACUCAAGAUUAUUCUGCAAAAUGCAUCAUCAUUGCCUUUUCCUGAAGAGGUGGAGGAGGAGGAGGAGGUGGUGGUGGUGGUGCCAGAACAACCAUUGAUCAAUCUCGAACAUCUGCCAAACCUCAAUACGUUCAAGCUCGAUGACAACACAAAAAAAUUGGAUGAAGUGAUCAAUCACACCAAUGUUAGACAUUUAACUAUUAUUUAUGAUGCGACUGGCAUGGUCAUACCCUAUUAUUUUUCUCUUACAAGAUUGGACUCUGACAAUAGAAAUGUAUUGGUAUUGGAGAAACAGUCACUUUCAGGUGGAAUAAUCACUCAACGAAUAAUAACCAAUCAACAACAACAACAACAGACACAAUAUGAUCCCAUCCUUUUACAUUUUUAUCCCAUCUACUCAAAAUCUCCUUAUGAAUUGAAAUGGAGUUUUGCCAAAGAUACAUACAACUUUUGA